AAAACAUUAUAUAAGCGAAGCCAUUGGUGGUGAAGGAGACAAAGCAAUAAUGGGUUCAAUGAGCAGGAACCAAAAAGAAAUUGAUGAGAUGUUUGAGGGCCAAAAUCUUUUGUAUAUGCAGUCAUGUGCGCACCUAAGACCCAUGUGUCUUAAGUGGGCUAUUCAACUAGGUAUUCCCGACAUAAUAUCCAACCACGGCAAACCCAUUACUCUUCCCGAGUUGGUCUCAGCUCUUCAAAUUCCACCAGCCAAAGGUUGUUUUGUGCAUCGGUUCAUGCGUUUUUUGGCACACAAUGGAAUCUUUGAUAUCCAUGAGGGCCAAAAAUAUAAUCAUGAACUAACAUAUGCUCUAACACCUGCAUCAAAGCUUCUAGUGAGUGGUAGUGACCAUUGUUUAACUCCAUUGGUUCUGGGCAUCACUGAUCCACAUAUGAUGAGUAAAUACCAUCACUUCGGGGAGUGGAUUCGUGGGGAGGACCCCACACUGCAUGAGACAGCCUUUGGCACAAGCCUUUGGGAAUAUCUUGAGAAAAAACCUGCCUAUUUGAGUCUCUUCCAUGAGUCUAUGGCAAGUGAUUCCCAAAUGCUAGGGUUGGCACUCAAAAAUUGCAUUUCAGUUUUUGAGGGGCUAGAUUCCAUUGUGGAUGUGGGGGGUGGAACUGGAACUGCAGCCAGAAUUAUCUGUGAGAAAUUUCCUAAGUUAGAAUGUAUUGUGUUUGACCGUCCUGAGGUUGUGGUAAACUUGACUGGAGCCAAUAAUUUGAGGUUCGUUGGUGGUGACAUGUUCAAACUUAUCCCUCAAGCUGAUGCAGUUCUACUCAAGUUGGUUUUACAUGAUUGGAAUGACGAAAAGUGCAUUAAGAUACUGGAAAAGUGUAAAGAUUCUAUUUCAGGCAAAGGCAAUGGAGGGAAAGUGAUUAUCAUAGAUAUAGUGAUAAAUGAAAAGUUAGAUCACCAAGAUAUGACUCAAACAAAGCUCUGUCAGGAUAUAUCUAUGAUGACCAUUAAUGGAAAAGAGCGAACUGAAGAAGAAUGGAAGCAUCUCUUCAUUGAAGCAGGAUUCAAACACUACAAAAUAUUUCCCAUUUUGGGUUUUAGAUCUCUUAUUGAGGUUUUUCCUUAGGAAAAACAUAUUAUUUAGGCAGUUUGGGAUCCAUAUCAUGAUCACCACUAAUUUUAUUCUAUAUGACACAGUUAAGUAUUAUUAGUUUUUCGUAUAAAUAAAAAAGUUUAAAUAAGUGUUGAAUAACAGAUAUUGGUGGUUUUAAACUGCCUAGUAAUUUUUCCUAUCCUUAACGAAUGUUUUAUGUGGUAAAUGAAAUAAUGUUACAAGAUAUUGUAAUGA